GCCAAACCCCCAGGCCAGAAAAGCAAACAACAUCAGUCUCAUGUCUCUUUCUUCUUAACAACCCCCCAUCCUCUUCAAAUUUCUGUAAGAAUUACAUAUAAUAUAAUCCCAUAACACCCUUGCUAUCUCUAUAGCCCAAAAACUAAGCAAGGUUAGGUAACAGACAGCUACCUUAAUAAGCACCAUUCAAAACCAUUCCUUUUACAGCAUACCCCCCUUCCAUGGAUUCUUGCACUUCUUUGGGUGAUUGAAAUUGCCACACCAUACAGAAAAGGAGCAAGGAAAGCUCUGGCUGUGCUGGCUGGGUUUCGAUUUGAUUGGUACAAAAUGCAGCUUCAUAUAUCACCCAGCUUGAGGCAUGUGACAGUUUUCCCAGGGAAGGAAGUUAGAGAAUUCAUCAAGGUGAAAGUCGGGUCGAGACGGCUUUCGUAUCGGAUGCUCUUCUAUUCCAUUCUCUUCUUCACAUUCAUUCUCAGGUUUGUGUUUGUCAUGACAGCAGUGGACACCAUUGAUGGAGAAACCAGGUGCUCUACAAUAGGUUGCUUGGGGAAAAAACUAGGACCAAGGAUUUUGGGAAGAAGGCUUGAAUCAAGUGUCCCAGAAGUUGUUUACCAAGUAUUAGAAGAACCCAUUGGCAAAGAUGAAUUACAAGGAAGAUCUGAUAUUCCCCAGUCCCUAGAUGAGUUUAUGACUGAGAUAAAGGACAGCAACGUCAUAGACGCAAGGACUUUUGCUGUCAAGCUCAGAGAGAUGGUCACACUACUUGAGGAAAGAACCAGAAACGCGAAAAUCCAAGAGUAUUUGUACAGGCAUGUAGCAUCAAGCAGCAUACCUAAACAGCUUCACUGCCUAGCCUUGAGGUUGGCCAACGAACACUCAACCAAUGCAGCCGCUCGUCUCCAGCUCCCGUCUGCUGAAUUUGUCCCUGCCCUUGUCGAUAACUCCUUCUUCCACUUUGUCCUCGCCUCAGACAAUGUCCUUGCCGCUUCUGUUGUUGCCACUUCCCUGGUCCAAAACUCAUUGCGCCCUCACAAAGUUGUCCUCCACAUAAUCACAGACAGGAAGACAUACUGUCCAAUGCAAGCAUGGUUUUCAUUGCAUCCUUUAUCCCCUGCGAUUAUUGAGGUCAAGGCAUUACACCAUUUUGAUUGGUUUUCAAAGGGAAAGGUGCCAGUGUUGGAAGCAAUGGAGAAAGAUCAAAAAGUGAGAUCACAGUUCAGAGGAGGGUCAUCAGCCAUUGUGGCAAACAAUACUGAUAAGCCUAAUGUCAUUGCAGCAAAGUUGCAGGCACUUAGUCCCAAGUAUAAUUCAAUCAUGAAUCAUAUCAGAAUACAUCUACCAGAGAUGUUUCCAAGUCUCAACAAGGUUGUGUUCCUGGAUGAUGACGUAGUAGUUCAGACUGAUCUUUCCCCACUGUGGGAUAUUGAUAUGAAUGGAAAGGUCAACGGAGCGGUUGAAACAUGCAGGGGAAAAGAUAAAUUUGUUAUGUCGAAGAAGUUUAAGAGCUACCUCAACUUCUCCCAUCCUUUGAUAUCGAACAACUUCGACCCCAAUACAUGUGCAUGGGCUUAUGGCAUGAACAUAUUCGAUCUAGAGGCUUGGAGGAAAACUAACAUAAGCCGUACAUAUCACUAUUGGAUUGAACAGAACUUGAAAUCAGACCUGAGUUUGUGGCAGCUAGGAACAUUACCCCCUGGCCUAAUAGCAUUCCAUGGCCAUGUCCAUGUUAUUGAUCCUUUUUGGCACAUGUUGGGAUUUGGAUAUCAGGAAAACAUAAGUUCUGCCGAUGCCAAGAGUGCAGGUGUCAUCCAUUUUAAUGGGAGGGCAAAGCCGUGGUUAGAGAUUGCAUUUCCCAAUCUUCGGCCACUUUGGGCAAAGUAUAUAGACUUCUCCGAUAAAUUCAUCAAGGGCUGUCAUAUUAGGGCAUCUUAGUUUGGAUUUCGAGGGUGACAUUGAUCAUAAAGAGUGUGUUGUAUACGAGGAAAAAGGAAAAUGAUAGAGUUCUUCCCAAAUUCAAGGCUUUCAGAGUUUACAAUGCAGGAGGAUUCAGCACCAGCUUCUUUCGCUGAACUCUCUUCUCUCAGUGGACAUUCCUUAACCUAUCCUUCUGUAUUCUUUAUCCUUUCCUUUUCUUUUUCACUGGUUAGAAAUUUCAACCAUAAAUUUUGUUAAAUAACAAGAUGUAAUUAUGUACC